AUGGUGGAGAGCAGCGCGGACCAGACAUUGCCACGAGCGCCAGUCCCCGCGAUAACGGGGGAUUUCAAGUCACCACCACCCAGAGCCUCCACAUUUCCCGGCUCGGUCAUCUCGGACGUCGCGUCAGGAUCUAGCAACAGCCAACAGGAUGUCCAGCGCAAUACUCGUCGCACAGUGCCCAUUGGUGGCCCGUUGGUCAGAAACUCCACCUCGCAAACGCUGCAUGAGACCUGGACCGAAUCCAGCGCUAUUGAUCCAUUAUCUCAGCAUAUCAUCCAACGCACAAAUACACAAAAGUCCAUUCCCCUAAAGUUAUUGGGCCAGGCAUCUUAUGAGGCCGAGGCCGGGGGAUCGGAGUACAACUUGUCAGACCAAAACGCCUCUCGGGGAGAUGCAGCGUCAAACUCAAAGCUGCCCAAGGAGAAGAAGAAAGGCGUUUCUUUCCUCAGUCGAAUUAUCGGCAAUAAAAAGAGGGAUACGUUGUCCGAAGCGGAAGAUGAUAGCUCAGAAGCAGAAGCCAGUCGAAUGUCCAUCGACACUUCGCAUCCAAUAGGGUUUAUCCCACGUCACCCGGCCCCAUCCCGGUAUAUGAAAGUUCGGGCUCAUUACAAGAAGGACAAGACCUUCAAUCGUUUAUUCCUGGCGCAAGAGCUGCAAAGCUCAGGCAUGCAGCAGCCCAUCGCAGGAAGACGAGGAUCCACGUCGACGAACGCCAAUGACGACACCGGAAGAGCAGUCUGGGCUCUUAGCUUCUCCAAAGAUGGCAAAUAUCUAGCUGCAGCGGGGCAAGAUCGAAAGGUCCGAGUAUGGGCUGUCAUCACCACACCGGAGGAGCGGGAAGAGGCUGCACCCGAAGGCGAUACUACAGAGGGACAACAGGACAACAUCAAGGCGCCGGUUUUCCUAUCAAAGCCCAUACAUGUCGAUUUCGUUACCUCGAUUCAAUUCCAUCCCAAGGAUGACCGCUUCUUCUUGGCUGGCUCGUUGGAUUCCAAGCUACGACUUUGGAGCAUUCCAGACAAGAGCGUGGCUUUCAUGACGACCGUCCCAGAUAUGAUUACCGCAGUGGCUUUUACACCAGAUGGUCGGUACUCCAUGGCAGGAUGUCUGAACGGUCUACUUAACAUCUAUGACACUGAGGGUCUCAAGGUAUCAGGUCAGAUUCACGUUCGAUCGGCCCGUGGACGGAACUCAAAAGGUAACAAGAUCACCGGAAUUGAUACCAUGAUGGUUCCCGCAGACGAUCCCUGUGGGGAUAUUAAAGUCUUGGUGACUAGCAAUGACUCGCGAAUCCGACUCUACGAUUUCCGAGAGCGAGCUCUCGAAGCCAAGUUUCGUGGUAAUGAAAACACUUGCAGUCAAAUUCGAGCAUCCUUCACCGAAGAUGGUAAGCAUGUUAUCUGUGGAAGUGAGGACCGCAGAGCCUAUGUUUGGCCAAUCGGUGCUGUUCAAAGAGAUUCCGACAAGCGCGCCGUGGAGGUGUUUGAAACGCAAUCUGCCAUCGUCACGGUGGCCGUGACAGCACCGAUUCAAACCAAGCAGCUUCUAGGACUAUCGGAAGAUCCGAUCUAUGAUAUCUGCAACCCCCCACCUGUGGCGCUCAUGAGUCCCGAAGAGUCUGUAGGGGCCACUCCAAGACAAGCAAGCUCUGAUACCAAGUCAGAGCACAAGCAUAAACGGUCCGCAUCCGCACCGCGCUUAUCCAUUGUGAAAAAGAUGGCGGGUGAAUCUCCUUCGUUCCUUGCACGGUCCAAACACCCAGACGGAAGCAUCAUAGUGAUUGCCGACUAUUCAGGCAAGAUCAAAGUCCUCCGACAAGACUGCGCCUACCAAAAGCGUCGUCACGAGAACUGGGAUCAUUCCACCAUAUCCCGGCGGAUCCUAGGACGCUCCAACUCCACACACUACAGCAUUGCCUCCUCGAUGAGCAAAGAUUCUGCCCACAAGACCCCAUCCGAGCGGAUCGUCUCCUGGCGCAACUCCGUCAUCCGCAAUGGCCGUGCCAGCACCGACGGAUCUCGCUCCGGGCUUCGCACCCGCAGCCCAUCUCCACAACACAGACCACCCGUCUUCCGACUUUCAUCAUCCCGGCCCUCAAGUUUGGCUCCGAAUGAGUCUCUUUCAGCAAACGCAAUUUCUCCACCCUCUUCGCCUCGUCGAUCACGUUUAGAUCAUAGCAAACUGGCCGUGGAUCCCAAUCAACAAAAUGGCAAGCCAGCUGUCUCGUCCGCCGACAUCGUGGCCAGCGGCAAAACUAAAGAUAAUCCACUUUGGCUACAGGGGGAUCACAGCUAUGCAUACUGGAACAAGAUCACACAUGAUGCGUUGGCAGCCAAGUCCCGCCAUAAGAAUGAUUUUUUGAGUCCUAAUCGCAUUCCCUCAGGAGGUGAGCGCAAGGUCAGCGUGUCUGGCAGUGUGCUCAGCAGCGAGUACGGAUCCUCUACGGGCGAGGUUGAUGAAGAUAUCUUGAAGUGCGAACAUUGCCGCGGCACUAACUUCCGUGGAGUCAAAGAUCGAGGUGGGAAGCAAAAGUUGAUCUGCGUUCAAUGCAAUCGAUCUGUUUCUUAA